UAAGGGUUUUUAGAGUUCACCGAUUUUCCCUCCCUUCAUUUUAGACCACAGUGACAGUGGCCAAAUAAGCAAUGUGGAGCAGCUCGCCUUCAAAUACAAGGAGAUGUGUAAAGUGGAAUCCAGCACUGAUUCGGACUCUGAGAUUAGUCCAAGAUGGUCAGACACGAGCACUAUGGAAUGUGUGAGCAGUGCGCCGGAGAGUGGCAGUUUAAGACGGAUGUUGCCAAGAGUGCACGAACCUGCGGGACGCCAGGGAUGUUACUCCUUGUUUUUGGACCCAUAUGACGGGAGCUCGGAGGAUUCUGAUGAGACUCGCAUGGAUGCCAGCACCCCAAAAGGGCAAACCAGGCAGCAGGGAAAAGGUGGACGUGGUCGCAUCUCCCGUCGGACCAGGCAUUUUAUCCUUCACCCUCCUCUGUCCACUGACUUCAGACCACUGGUGAAACAAACAAAAACGACAAGCCAGCAUCUUCUGGAUGUGCAUAAGAAGCGUUUGGAUGACUCUGAGGUUUGGCUGUGCCAGCUGAGCAAGGACAUGACAGGCAGCCAACCAGCAGCGGCAGGUUUGGAAGCACACUAUAGACUCCACGAUGACGCCCAGAUGCCCGACAGCUCCUUGGACAGUACGGCCGGCCCGUGUGACGUUCGUGUGGUGGUCAAGAGGAAGCCGGACGUGCCCUGCGGUGACAGUCUGGUGCUAAGAAAGAGGCUGUGUGUGGUCCGCGUAGAAGAGGAGAAAGAAGGAUAGAGAUGUCCACCAAAUUU